UAUCUAUAAGGGAAUUCGGGCCCCUACGUGAGAAGCUCGCAGCGGGUGGUUGCAGGAGUUCCCUGAGGAGAGGGGAUCCUCCGUGACUCAGACCCCCAUCGAAAAGCUCUCGAUUUCACGCAACCAACCUUACCCUCGUCCCCAACAAAAUCCUUGAUUUUAGCCCUGGGAAAAUUAGCGUAGGUGGUCAUGACCCCGGGUUCUUCUUUAAAAGCCCUCAGAACCUGGACCGGGCUCCUCAACGAACCCCAGUGUUAGAAGCCACAAGUCAGGAAUCGAGGUCGGGGAGCGGCUCUUUAGGGUGCAUCACUGUUCAGGAUGCACCAGGGCUCCUUUUUCUAAGCAGAAGGGUGCGCCCCGCAAAUUGGGAGCCCGUUAGUUUUGGGGAAGGGUGAACAAGGGCCCCCUGGGUCUGGAGGACCUUAUGGAGUCUUGCUUAAGUCUUAGUACGGACCCCAGGUUUAGGAAUUCGGAAUGUGUUUUGGUUUUGAAGGACUUCCGAGUUUGACAAUAUCGUGGUUGGGUCUGUGUUAGAUGAUUUAUUGGUUUGGGCUUUGAAUCUUCAGCUUGAGGUUCAACAGGUUUUUGGGGGCUGGCGGCGUUCUCCUGCUCUCGGUUUGGGGUGAGAGCAGCCUUCCUAACGGUCUUCGGGAACUGUGCGCGCCGGCUGCAAUGGGGCCACAUUUUACCCUCCUGUGUGCGGCGCUGGCCGGUUGCUUGCUUCCUGCCGAGGAGUGUGUUAUGUGUGACCCGUCUGUCGUGCUGGCGCUAAAGUCCCUGGAGAAAGAUUAUCUGCCUGGCCAUCUGGACGCGAAGCAUCACAAAGCCAUGAUGGAAAGGGUAGAGAAAGCCGUGAAGGAUUUCCAGGAACUGUCGCUUAAUGAGGAUACCUAUAUGGGGGUCGUUGACGAGGCCACACUGCAAAAGGGGUCCUGGAGUUUGCUGAAGGAUCUGAAACGCAUCACAGACAGUGAUGUAAAAGGUGAUCUCUUCGUGAAGGAGCUAUUUUGGAUGUUGCACUUGCAAAAGGAAACCUUUGCCACCUAUGUUGCUCGAUUCCAAAAAGAGGCUUAUUGUCCCAACAAAUGUGGUGUGAUGUUGCAAACUCUGAUUUGGUGCAAGAACUGCAAAAAGGAGGUUCACGCUUGUCGAAAGUCCUACGAUUGUGGGGAGCGCAAUGUGGAGGUUCCUCAAAUGGAAGAUAUGAUCCUGGACUGUGAGUUAAACUGGCAUCAGGCUUCUGAAGGCCUCACUGAUUACAGCUUUUACAGGGUUUGGGGGAACAAUACGGAGACUUUGGUGUCCAAGGGGAAAGAGCCCACCCUGACCAAGUCCAUGGUGGGUCCAGAGGAUGCAGGCAGCUACCGCUGCGAGCUGGGCUCUGUGAAUUCCAGCCCAGCCACGGUCAUCAAUUUUCGCGUCACAGUGUUGCCCAAAAGGGUCGAGGAGGAAAAACCGUCCCCAAAUAUCGUAACCCCGGGGGAGGCGACCACGGAGUCGUCCAAUACCCUCCAGCCUCUGAAGCCCGAGAAAAUGCUGAAAGGCCGCCUUCUGGGGCUGCUGAUCUGGGGCUCCCUAGCACUGAUAACCGGCAUUACCUUUGCGAUAUUUUGUCGAAGGAAGGUGAUCGAUUUCAUCAAGUCCUCACUGUUUGGCCUUGGCAGUGGAGUGGCCGAGCAACCCCAGGUCCCAAAAGAAAAAGCCACAGAUUCGAGGCACCAAUAAAGAUUUAUCUUGUUGUCUAAGCA